CCCCCCUCUCGUUCCGGACCUCUUCCUCUCAUCGCCUCUCGCAACAAUAACAACCAACGCGUCGCCAGUUUCUUUCGAUUACCAGUCUCUCCAUCGUCUUCAAUCGCCCUUUCGAUUGCAUCCGCCCAAGUGCAACACUUUCUAAUACCUAACUCGUACACUUCAACCCAAACGCAACCCACCAUGCCUCCCAAGAAGACCGAGGGCGCUGCCGCUGCCGCUCCCGCCACCAAGACCAAGGCCAGCCACGGCACCUACCAGGACAUGAUCACUGAUGCCAUUGUUGCUCUCAAGGAUCGCAAUGGAUCUUCCCGUCAGUCCCUGAAGAAGUAUGUCAAGGCCAACAACCAGAUCAGCGACACUGUGAGCGACAACAUGUUCGACUCGCUGUUCAACAAGGCCAUUCGCGUCGGUGUUGAGAAGGGUGUCUUUGAGCAGCCCAAGGGCCCCUCUGGUGGCACCAAGCUGGCCAAGAAGGCCCCCAAGCCUGCCGAGAAGAAGGAGAAGAAGCCUGCUGAGAAGAAGGCUCCCGCGAAGAAGGAGGCCAAGGAGCCUAAGGAAAAGAAGGCUGCUGCUCCCAAGAAGGCCGCCGCAAAGAAGGAGACUAAGGAGCCCAAGGAGAAGAAGGCCACCGCUACCAAGGCUGCUGCCCCCAAGAAGGCUACCGCCGAGAAGAAGGAGAAGAAGGAGAAGAAGCCCGCCGCCAAGAAGGCUGCUGCUGAGAAGCCCGCCAAGGAGGAUAAGCCUGCUGUUCUCAGCAAGACUAAGACCGGUCGCGUCACCAAGACGGAGAAGAAGGCUCCCGCCGCCAAGAAGGAGACUAAGGAGACCAAGGAGAAGAAGGCCGCGGCUCCCAAGAAGGCUGCCGCCGCCCCGAAGAAGGCGGCGCCCGCAAAGGCCGCGACCAAGAAGGCCGCCGCUGAGAAGAAGGAGACCAAGGCUGAGGCUCCCGCUGCCUCCGCAUAAGCGGAACGCUCUUCAUCCAACUAACCAACCGUUACGAUGACGCAAUGCCGGAUUUGCUCGGCUUUCACAGCAAAUGUUUGGUGUCACGAAUCUUCCUCCAACGGCGUUCACGGGGAGUCGAUUGUUUUAAACUUGGGAAAGGGCAAAGGGCCGGGGUGGUUGGUGGGAAACUGACCACGGAGGGAAAACGCAACGCGUUUCUGUCUUGUUUUUUUUGUGUGCUGUUACUAUUUGCUACUAUCGUGUGUGGGUGUGCGCGCGCGUCUUGUGUCCUUGGUCUUGAGCCGAGUGAAAGGGACACGUCGGAUCGAAAGGGUUUUCUUGAUACUGAGCUUGUCUGGAGAGUAUUUACGCGUCGUGCGCGUGCCCAAUGUCUGCGUUGGCACUCGGGUCGAUAUCUUUUGAUUAUGCGGCACGGACGGACUCUCCCCGACUACUGUAACAUAGCUCGCGCGAUAUACCAACGUUGAGAGCGUUUCACUGUUCAUGAUAAUUUCCCA